CAUACAAACAAUAAACAAAAUCAUCUCACGUUCUAUCACAGUCGAAUUUCAUCAAAGUGCGAGAGUCGAAUUUCAAUCAGCGCUGCUUCUGCUAUUGCUGAAGUGCAAUUCCUCCGAUCUUGAAUGGCUUCUUCUUCUUCUUCUUCCCAUGGACGCUGCCUUCUCCACAAUCACAGUCAUCACCACCACUGCCCACACUGCCCCCUCCGCCGUCACUGUCUUCAUUGCCCCCUCCACAUCAACAACCCUCUUCAACCACUAAAUCAAACUCAAAACCUCCCUCCUCUUCUCAAUCAACCUAUUAUUACUUCUCCUCUUCUCAAUCAACCUAUUAUUACUUCUCCUCCUCAUGCUCAAAUUUCACAAGAGCUGGAGCAUAUUGAGCUAGAUGGUGACGAAGAGGAUGAUGAACCAGUUUUUGUUUUAACUGAUGAAUGGAGAGAGUUCUUUGCGAAAUCUGAAGCUAAGAGGAAACUAGAGAAGAAGCAGGCCAAGAAGGGAAAAAAAUAAAAACAGGAAUUUUUGUUAACAAUUUCUUUAUGGCUGAUCAAGAAGAGGUUGUUCAAGGGUCAUUGAUGACGAAAGAAUGUUAUGUCUUCCAAGCCAGAAAUGGUUUGCCAUGUAUGACAGUAAGAACUCUUAUAUGUACUUUUCAAAAGGAUAAUGAAUUACUUAUUAAUAUAUGUAAUUAUGUAAUUCAUUUUUUGUUUAUAAAAUAGAACUGUUAUUUUACACAUUUUAUAAACUAAAGACUAACCCAUAUUAUGACUUUUUAAUGUUCUUA